ACUCACACACACAGAAGGCAAAUCUCCAACGCUCCUCCCCUCCUCCUCUGGUGAUUGUACCACUAGGAGAGAGUGAAGUGGCGGAGUCAGUGUGUCUUGUGGCGCUGUGGUGGAGAGAGGGUACCCCGCUUGCUCGCUCUAUCUCCCUCACUCACUCACUCCCUCACUCUCUCACUUCCCCCCCCCUCUCCCUCAACUUCCAUCACGCUAGAGAGGACGAUUCAUCUGUUACUCAUCACCAAACUUAGUGAUGGGUCACUUGUAAUCCAGGUGUUAAGAGACGGACGCAGACCUGGAGAGUGUGUGAUGGGGUCAGGUGUGUACCCUGGUGGUGCGCGCCCUGGUGGUGUAUGUCCUGGUGUAUGUCUACAGAUGAGGCUGCCCUGGAGCUGGGGUGCCUCGCCCCUCAGGAGGACCGUCUCACUCACUCUCCUCUCAACCCUGCUACUCGCCAACCUUUUCUUCUACCUCGCCAGACCCUUCAGCAUACGACCUGACGUGCUGUCAUCAGUCAACACUUCAGGAAGUGCGGGGAGGUCCUGUAGGACGCCACACGAGGCCACGGAGGUGGAGGCCACAGGCAACAUCAGCCUUGCAUUGAACCUCACGGAGAAUGAGGCAUCCGGAAACACCUCAGGGAGUGUCGAGAGGGCGUGGAGGUCCCCGGAUGAGGUCACGGAGGUGGAGGUCACGGAGGUGGAGGUCACGAGGGUUGAGGUCACUGCCAACAACACUCUUCCACCAAGUCUCAUGGAAACUGAGAGGAGGAUCCGGGAGCGUGUGAAGCUGCUUAGAGAGACGUGUAAUGGCCUGAAGAAGGCCAGCCAGGUGAAGGAGAACACCCUCGACGUGCUCGUCAAAGCCAGGACGGAGCUGCUGGAGGAUCACAAGGUGAUCGUGUGCCAGGUGCUGAAGGCCGGCUCCACCGCCUGGAACUACCUCCUCGCCCACCGCUACAACAUGACAGACCUCAUCGAAAACAAGCUUUUCUACAAAGUCCUGGAGGUCUUAAAGCCGACUCUGAAGCGGUUCCGCGAGGCGACGCGGUCAAGAGAGUUCUUGAAGUUCCUGGUGGUGCGGGACCCGCUGGAGCGGCUGCUCUCUGCCUACCGUGACCGCAUCUUGGACACCAGCCACGUCAGCUGGCAGGCCCACCACUUCGUGCCUCUCAUCCUCGUCAAGACUCGAGGCAUCAGCUACGCUCACAGCGACCUAUACAACAUUGACGGCAGCGUCAAGGUGGUUCCCUCCUUCAGCGAGUUCCUCAAUUUCAUCGUAGACGAAGAGCCUCAGGACUUCGACCCCCACUGGAUGCCGGUCUCCCAGUCGUGCGCUCCCUGCCACAUAAAGUACACGGAUGUCGUCCACACUGAGACCUUCCUCGACGACAUUCAGUACAUCAUGAGGAAAAGUGGUUUGGACACCAAGGUGAACGCCAGCCUGCUGAUGCAAAACACUAACAAGGGACGCGGCAACACUCAGGACCUGCUGACCAAUCAGUACCGUGCCGUCGGUCCCGAACUGUUUCAGCGCAUCGUCCAGAAGUACAAGCUGGACUUCGUGCUCUUCGGUUACGAUCCCAACCGCUUGUUCCAGCACAUCUGGCCCAACUCGACCUUUAAUUGGAAAGACUGACUCAGGAAAAAUGUGGUAUUGUACGUUUAUACCUGCAUCUUAGAAGGAUAUAUAUUUAUGUACCUUAUAAGUGUCCUUGAGUGUGACACAUACCUCAGAUUAUACAUCGUAUCGACGUAUAUUUGUGAGAUAUAAUUAUGUGGAUGAGUGAGUGGUGCUCUUGUCGGCUUGUGUUACCGUCAGAGCUCUGCGUCUAGGAGAAGAGAAACAAGUCAGAGCUAGUCUCUCUCUCUCUCUCUCUCUCUCUCUCUCUCUCUCUCUCUCUCUCUCUCUCUCUCUCUCUCUCUCUCUCUCUCUCAUGAUGUCAUAACUAGUCACGUACGUUAAUUAUUGUCAUGUGUGUAUAUACGUAAUAAUGACGCUAUUUGUCAUAUACAUUAAUUAUGACAUCAUUAUUUAGUAUGUAAUUCACUUGUGAUAUUAUUUGCCAUAUAUAUGUUGAUUACGACCUCAUUACUUAUCCCACACGCUGCCUCUAAUGCCAUUAUACAGAAUGAAAGACUUGUAUAAUUUGAAUAAAUGCAGCUAAGUA